AUGACAAAACCCAAUCCAAUUUUAGAAAAUUUACAAAACCGAGUAGUCCAAGAACUACCUAUUAAAUCUAUUUAUGCUGAUAAUGAUUUUGCUAUUUUUGAUAAAGGUGCCUCCGAGUUUUAUGGCUCAGAGGACGAAUUUAUUACCGACCAACCCUUAGAAGGAGCUCUCCAAGGCCCAGCCCAGCAAGCCCUUUUAAUUGACCGACUAAUUGAUAGUAUGAAAACCAAAGCCAUUACUACUUUAAACCGAAAAAUUGUGGAAAUCAUCACCGAUAAAGAUAAUUACAAUGCUAAUGCUUGGCAAGAAAUCUCCAAAGAGGAAGCCACAGUGGAUAGUUUAGAUAAAGCCAUUGUUAUUCUCAAAAAAAUCAAAAUUCAAACCAACUGUGAAACUCGGAGGAGCAAAGUUUUAACCAUAGACCCUGACUUUUUGGAUGACUUAGAAAUCUAUUUUUUAUGUGAUGUAGUCCGAGACAGUGAAUUAAACCCUCACAAAAUCUUUAAAAAAGUUAUCCCUAAAAAACUAGCCCAGGGAGUAAUUGCCACUAUUCAUGACGAAAAAUCAGUGGUUUACCGAAUUAUCAACCCCGAGGAAAUCCAGCAUGAAAAAACCCUCGGAGGAGGGAUGGAAAAGUUUGCUUAUCAUGUGGAAGUAGGAGGAGACAACUCCUCCCAAAUUAAAAAGUUAGAGGACCAAGAACGGCAAGCCUUACAGCAAGAUAUUUACCAGUUAGAAAAUAGCACCGAUUUAAAACUACUAAACCAAGCCCAAGAUAAGCAAAAAGAACUCCAAGAGGCUUUGGAUAAUAUUAUUGCUCUUUUAGGCAAAGAAGAAAUCAAAAACUUAAAAGAUAUCCGUAAAUUAUUAGCCGGUAAAUCUUUAAAAGAAUUGAUAAAUACUAACGCUCUUUAUAGUCAAAAAAUAACUGAUUUAGAAAAUUCUUUACUGGCUUUGGGAAAAAGCAAAUUAAAAGGGAAGCAGGAAUAUUUAAAGUUAGAAAAGCAAGAAUUAAUGGAAGAGCAUAAAAAAGCCCUUGCUGAUUUAGCAACCCACCACCAAACCCAGCAAAAAGAGCAAGGCAAACAAAUCCGAGAACUAACUUUUAAAUUAGACCAGCAAAAAAUCCAGCAUAAUCAAGAUAUCAAAACUUUAUCUCUUCAAAAAUCCACCAUCGAAAUUAAUUUUACCCACUUUAAAGAAGAGCAAGCCCAGCAACUUACCUAUUUAAAAGAAUUAUUAAACUUACCCACAGCCACUUUUUCCGAUUUAGCCGAAAGAAUAAAGCCUUUUGUUCGGUUAGAAAAAGAAGUUAAAUUAUUAGUCCGGCAAGAAAAGCAAUUAACUGCUAAUCAGCAAUUAGCUCAGGAAAUCAAAGGAAUGGUGGAUAGCCCUUUAACUACUAGUGGUGAAUAUCGUUGUAGUGGUUAUGGUUAUUUUCCCACUAUUCCUCACGAAGCAGCUCAUGCUAGUCCCGAAGAUGAGGAAGAGGAAACGGACAUGAUGACAUUUGAAGAAGUAAACAAAACGAAUUUUAUAAUAACCGUAGACUUAAUUAAUUAUCAAGAAAAUGAUUUAGGAGAUUAUGAUAAUCUGGAAAUCCAAUUUAAAUCAGGCAAAAAACAAAGAACUAAACCUGCUAAUUAUGAAGAACCAACCGAACCCGAUAAAAAAGAAAUCUUUUUAAAGUCCGAAGAAAUCAUUCUAUUUUUUAACAAUUCCACCAAAACCCCUAAUUUAUUAGAUGCUGAAACUAUUUACUUGGAGGAUUUAAGAGUAUACGGCAUCCGACAUUUAACUUCCAAAAAAGAAGAACGGCAAAAUAACCCCGAAAUAGAAUUAAACGAAGCCCAAUUCAUAGCUCUCGAAAGAGACAAACGGAGAGAAAGAGAAAAAAGUAUUGAAGAGUUCGAAAAUAAAGGAGAGAAUUGUCAAUAUGAACCAGUCGGGGAGGAGAUUAUUGAAAUAGAAGAAUUUGAAGAACCUAAUACCGACUAUAUUGAAUGUGGAACAGAUUUGGAUGAUGAUUUACCCGAAACUGAUGACUCCGAAGAAACUAUGGAAGAUAAUCCCGAUAUUAUUUAUUGCUAUGACAAAAGAAAUUAA